AGCGAGUCUCCGAGCGUGCGGGCGAGGAAGCGGGGCGGGGGGCCGACACGGGGGCCGGGACGACGGCUGGGGCGCCGGGGUCGCCAGCUCCUCGCCCACCUCCCUCCCUGUGGGAGAAGAGGAGGAGGGGAAGUGACUGCGGAGUUGAUGAACUUUGCACAUCCAGAAACGCCAUUUUGAUUCCUUUUCCGGAACAAGUUUGCAUCUCUCCUCAUUCUCUCCCCUAAGCCCACCGGUCCCCACCGCAUCAUGCCUGGGAGCCAAGCACCCUGCCCGGCCGUUGCUCCGACUCUGUCCUCCAGGAGUAGUGGUUCUGAGGUGUGACCCUGCCCGCGUCUGGGCCCAGCCAGUACCAGCUCCUCAGUAAGGAGGGCAGCUUGAUAACACAAAGAAAGCAGUGUGCACGAGUGGCACCAAGAGAAAGAAAAACAGGUCAACACAGACUCAUUUCCUACCCCAUGUGGAUGACAGCUAUCGUGGGGGGGAAUUUCAUAGUAUAUCAAUUGGGCCAGAAGAUGGAGGAAACAAGAUUUUAUACAUCAAGUUGAAAUUUGAUUGUAAUUCUGAUAGGGUUGGCUUCUCAAAUCUCUUAAAACAUUUAGGCUUCUCAGUAAAAUCACUAUAUUGAAGCAGUGGAGUUAAAUGAAACCUGAAGUUUCUCAUCACUAGUUUUAGGUCUAGAACCUUCACAGAGUAGUAAAUAAGCCCAGGGUUUUUUUGGAGGAUGCUGGGAUGCUGGCCAGAUGGCAGCUCCCUGGGUUUCCUCAUUGUUGGCUUGGCUUUUCCCAUUUCUGCCUAACAAAUAUUAGGAAAGGCAAAAAACCUGCCUCCUGUGACAUUGAGUGCCAUUGGUGACAUACACUCAGAAGGGAAGCAAGGUUUUUGGUUAGGUUUUGGUAUGUCGAGACUUCAUUUAGAUGAAAGUUUCAGUCAUUGUUGGCGUGAGUAUGGGCUUGAACUGAAUAAGGAGGGUGUUGGACAUUUUUGACCCUAGGUUAUAGUUAAAGUACUGUGGCCAGCGCCCCCUGGCUAUGACAGAAGUCUAAACUUCCCAUCAUCAUAUCAGCAAUUUCCAAUUUUCAGUUUUAUGGCAGAGGCUUCUUAGAAGCUUAAACCCUUGUCCCAAUGACGUCGAGUUUGCCUGUUGGCUUGGAAGGUUCAGACCUGUCUUCCAUCAAUACCAUGAUGUCAGCGGUAAUGAGUGUAGGGAAGGUCGCUGAGAAUGGCGGGAGUCCGCAGAGCAUCAGGUCCGCUGCGAAGCCUCCAGGACCAAACCGGAUUGGCAGAAGGAACCAGGAAACGAAAGAGGAGAAGUCUUCCUAUAACUGCCCCCUGUGUGAAAAGAUUUGCACCACCCAGCACCAGCUGACUAUGCACAUUCGCCAGCACAACACGGACACUGGAGGAGCUGACCACUCAUGCAGCAUCUGCGGGAAGUCACUGAGCUCAGCCAGCUCCCUGGAUCGCCACAUGCUAGUGCACUCUGGCGAGAGGCCUUACAAGUGCACCGUGUGUGGCCAGUCAUUUACCACCAAUGGGAACAUGCACAGACACAUGAAGAUACACGAGAAGGACCCUAACAGUGCCACAGCUGUGGCUCCACCGUCUCCUCUGAAGCGCAGGCGGCUGUCCUCCAAGAGGAAACUGAGUCACGAUGCCGAGGCAGAGAGAGAAGACUCAGCACCAGCUAAAAAGAUGGUAGAAGACGGGCAGUCAGGUGACUUGGAAAAGAAGGCUGAUGAAGUCUUUUCCUGCCCAAUAUGUUUCAAGGAGUUUGUUUGCAAGUAUGGACUGGAGACCCAUAUAGAGACCCAUUCGGAUAACCCACUAAGAUGUGACAUUUGCUGUGUCACCUUCCGAACACACCGAGGCCUGCUGCGCCACAAUGCACUUGUCCACAAGCAGCUUCCCAGGGAUGCAAUGGGAAGGCCUUUCAUACAGAACAACCCUUCGAUUCCUGCUGGCUUCCAUGACUUAGGAUUCACUGACUUCUCCUGUAGGAAGUUUCCUCGAAUUUCUCAGGCCUGGUGCGAAACAAACCUGCGAAGGUGCAUCAGCGAGCAGCACCGCUUUGUCUGUGACACCUGCGAUAAGGCAUUCCCCAUGCUCUCCUCGCUUGCCUUGCACAAGCAGACCCACGUCGCCGAGGACCAGGGUCAGGAAAAACUGCAGGUCAAGACCCUGCCUGGUGACGGCCUGGACCAGAAGGUCUUCCUGGCCUUGCUGGGCCUGCAGCACACCAAAGAUAUAAGGCCUGCCCCUGCCGAGGAGCCCCUGCCAGACGACAACCAGGCAAUACAGCUCCAGACACUCAAGUGUCAGCUACCUCAGGACCCUGGCUGCACCAGCAUGCUGCGUCUGUCUCCUUUAGAAGCUGCUUCCCUGGGCAGUUCUCUCACAGUCCUCCCAGCAACCAAGGAGAGCAUGAAGCAUCUGUCCCUGCAGCCCUUCCAGAAGGGCUUCAUCAUCCAGCCAGACAGCAGCAUUGUGGUCAAGCCCAUCUCUGGAGAGUCAGCCAUUGAGCUGGCUGACAUCCAGCAGAUUCUGAAGAUGGCAGCCUCUGCUCCCCCUCAGAUCAGUCUUCCGCCUCUCUCCAAGGCCCCUGCUGCCCCGCUGCAGGCGAUUUUUAAGCACAUGCCCCCUCUGAAGCCAAAGCCCCUAGUCACACCGCGGGCGGUGGUGGCCACCUCCACACCCCCGCCUCUCUUCAAUGCCCAGCAGGCCUCCCCUGGCUCCAUCAGCCCUAGCCUCCCGCCACCACCCCUGAAGCUGCUCAAAGGCUCAGUGGAAGCAGCCUCCACCGCCCACCUGCUGCAGUCCAAGUCCGGGGUCCAGCCAAACGCAGCCACGCAGCUCUUCCUGCAGCAGCCGCGGGCGGAGCUGCCCGGCCAGCCCGAGAUGAAGACGCAGCUGGAGCAAGACAGCAUCAUCGAGGCUCUGCUGCCGCUGAGCAUGGAAGCUAAGAUCAAGCAGGAGAUCACCGAGGGGGAGCUCAAGGCCAUCAUGACAGCGCCCAGCGGCAAGAAGACGCCUGCCAUGCGCAAGGUGCUCUACCCCUGCCGCUUCUGCAACCAGGUGUUCGCCUUCUCCGGGGUGCUGCGCGCCCAUGUGCGCUCCCACCUGGGCAUCUCUCCCUACCAGUGCAACAUCUGCGACUACAUUGCGGCCGAUAAGGCAGCGCUCAUCCGCCAUCUGCGCACUCACAGUGGGGAGCGGCCCUACAUCUGCAAGAUCUGCCACUACCCGUUCACCGUCAAGGCCAACUGCGAGCGGCAUCUGCGCAAGAAGCACCUCAAGGCCACCCGCAAGGACAUCGAGAAGAACAUUGAGUACGUGAGCAGCAGCGCGGCCGAGCUGGUGGACGCCUUCUGCGCCCCGGACACCGUGUGCCGGCUGUGCGGGGAGGACCUGAAGCACUACCGCGCCCUGCGCAUCCACAUGCGCACACACUGCGGCCGCGGCCUGGGCGGCGGACACAAGGGCCGCAAGCCCUUCGAGUGCAAGGAAUGCAGCGCCUCCUUCACGGCCAAACGCAACUGCAUCCACCACAUUCUCAAGCAGCACCUGCACGUGCCUGAGCAAGACAUCGAGAGCUACGUGCUGGCGGCUGACGGUGGCCUGGGCCCCGCGGAGGCGCCGUCUGCUGAGGCCUCGGGCAGGGGCGAGGAGGGAGGCUGCACCGCCUUUGGGGACCACAAACCCCUCGCGGCCUUCCUGGAGCCCCAGAAUGGCUUUCUUCACGGGGGCCCCACCCAGCCUCUGCCGCCUCAUGUCUCCGUCAAGUUGGAGCCCGCCAGCAGCUUUGCAGUGGACUUUAAUGAGCCCCUGGACUUUUCUCAGAAGGGCCUAGUCCAAGUAAAGCAGGAAAACGGCUCCUCCUACCUGAGCCCUUCCUCCUUGGUCCCCUAUGACUGCUCCAUGGAACCUAUUGACCUGUCCAUCCCCAAGAACGUCAGGAAAGGAGACAAGGAUCCAGAUAGUCCCAUCGAAGCCAAGAAGCCUGAGCAGGAAGCAGGGAGUGGAGAGCAGCCCUCUUGUCCACCACCCACCCCUUCCCUGCCAGUGACUUUGGGGCCCAGUGGGAUCCUGGAAAGCCCCACAGGCCCUACAGUGGCUGUUACGACAGCCACCACCACCCUGGACCCCCAUGCUCAGCCCCUCCAGGGCUCUGUUCAGCUGGCUGUCCCCAUCUAUUCCUCAGCUCUUGUCAGCAGCCCUCCCCUCUUGGGCAACUCAGCCCUCCUUAGUAGUUCAGCCUUGCUGCGGCCACUGAGGCCGAAGCCCCCCCUGCUCUUGCCAAAGCCACCUGUGACAGAAGAGCUGCCCCCACUGGCCUCCAUCGCCCAGAUCAUCUCAUCCGUGUCCUCAGCCCCCACCCUGCUAAAAACCAAGGUGGCAGACCCAGGGCCCACACCCACCGGGAGUAACCCAGCUUCAGAUGGCUUAGGAGGCUCCAUCCCUAAAGCCACCACAGCCUCCAUUGACACCACAAGCCUGAAAGAGUCCAGAGACCCGUCCCCUACUGCCAGCAGCCCAGAGGCACCCUCACCCACUGAGCAGGGGCCAGGUGGCUCAUCAAAGAAGAGGGGCCGGAAAAGGGGGACAAGGAGCCGGCCCCAAGCCAACAGCAGGGGGGUGGACCUAGACUCCAGUGGGGAGUUUGCCAGCAUUGAGAAGAUGCUGGCUACCACGGACACCAACAAGUUCAGUCCAUUUCUGCAGCCUGCAGAGGAGGAUGUUCAGGAUGAGGUGGCUGCGGCCCCCACUGACCACCAUGGGCCCAGUGAUGAAGAGCAGGGCAGCCCCCCAGAAGAGAAGCUGCUGAGGGCAAAGCGGAACUCCUACACCAACUGCCUACAGAAGAUCAACUGUCCCCACUGUCCCCGCGUUUUCCCUUGGGCCAGCUCCCUGCAGAGGCACAUGCUUACACACACUGGUCAGAAACCCUUCCCUUGUCAAAAAUGCGAUGCCUUCUUUUCUACCAAAUCUAACUGUGAACGCCACCAGUUGCGCAAACAUGGAGUUACCACCUGUUCCCUGAGAAGAAACGGGCUUAUCCCCCAGUCAAAAGAGAGUGAUGUUGGAUCCCAUGAUAGCACAGAUAGCCAGUCAGACGCAGAGCCGUCGGCCACAGCAGGCGAAGUGCUAGAUCUCACCUCAAGGGACAGGGAGCAGCCACCAUCCCAGGGAGCCACUGAGCUUGGCCAAGGUGCAGGGGACCACCCUGUAGAGGAGGCUGAAGCAGGGAUAGACUCCCUUGUGAAUAAGGAAGAGAAGGGCACCCAGGAGAAACAGGAGCCAGAGGAGGAGCACGGCACAGAGGAGAGAGCCCAGGACACCAAUGGCACUGAUGGUGCAGAGGAAGACACAGCCAGCAACAAGAGCCUCGACCUGGACUUCGCCAGUAAACUCAUGGACUUCAAGCUGGCUGAGGGCGAGGCAGGCGCCGUGGGCAGUGAAGGCUCUGCCCCUCAGGACCAGAAGCAUGCCUGCGACACCUGCGGGAAGAGCUUCAAGUUCCUAGGCACCCUGAGCCGUCACAGGAAAGCACACAGCCGUCAGGAGCCCAGGGAUGAGAAGGGUGCACCGCCUCCAGAGGGUGAGGGUGGAGUGGCGGACAGGCCACCGCCCAGCCCUGAGCCAGAGGAGAAGCCCAUGGAGCCCGCAGCAGUGGCGCUGGAGCCAGCAGUGGAUACGAGGGAAGCCUCGGUAGAGAAGCAGGGCGAGGAGGAGGCUGACGGCCCCUCCGAUGGGGAGGGCACAGCAGAGAAGAGGUCUUCGGAGAAGAGUGAUGAUGACAAGAAACCAAAGACAGACUCCCCCAAAAGCGUGGCCAGCAAGGCGGACAAGAGGAAGAAAGUCUGCAGCGUGUGCAACAAACGGUUCUGGUCACUGCAGGACCUGACCCGGCACAUGCGGUCCCACACAGGGGAGAGGCCAUACAAAUGUCAGACCUGCGAGCGAACCUUCACCUUGAAGCACAGCCUAGUUCGCCACCAGCGGAUCCACCAGAAAGCCAGGCACACCAAACACCAUGGGAAGGACAGCGACAAGGAUGAGCGGGGUGAGGAGGACAGUGAGAAUGAGUCCACUCACAGUGGCAACAACCCAGUCUCGGAGAGUGAGGCUGAGUCAGCUCCUAACACCAGCAACCACGUGACCGUCACCCGGAGCCGGAAAGAGAGCUUGGCCAGUGCGGCCAAGGAUUGCUGCCGCAGGGAGGAGAAGGUCACAGCGGAGCAGGUGGCCGAGCCAACCCGGGGUGACCCUGACCUGGAGAGCCCCACAACCCUGGUGCCAGACCUGCUGGAGCCGCGCAGCAAGAGGCCUACCCACCCCAUCCUGACCACUGGCGACGGGGCCUCGCAGCUCCUGGGAAUGGAAUGACAGCCCGCUGGUCCCCCUCAGCACACAGACAAACCAGCAGAGCAGAGCAUCCAAAUCUGUACUUCAUGAGGUUUCCUCUGUGCUCUCCGCUUGCCGGGGAGUGAGAACGAGAGACGAACAAGAGCGUGGCCACCCGCUCAGUGCCAUAUCCUCACCACAGGCGUGCGAGGCCACAGUGCAUGCCGAGUCCAGUGCCUUAACUACUCACCGGAUCCUUCCACCUCGUCGGGAGUGUGGUGUUUUUCCAAAAUGACUUCUUUAAAAAACAAAACAAAUAUUUUAAUGAAUUGAGAGGACCUCUUCAUUUGAGCAUUAACGUUACCUUUUGUAUUGGUGUGCGUGUGAGCUUGUUCUUGUGAAUCUGUGAUAGUACUGUUUGUUCUGUGAGCUGGAAACAGAAGAAAAAAAACAUACCCUUGGAUACCCAUAGCCAAUAACUGGAAGAAAAUGAUGUGAAUUUCAUAUAAGUGACCAGAGGAGAGAUGGAUAAGAUGAUAAUUUCUCAAAUAGACCUUUUUUUUUUCCUGUUUGCUACAUGGUAGAGCUGUCGUCUGGUCCUUGGUAUUACAGGAUGUGGUUGAUGAAGGUUUCCAAUAUGGUUUCAAGCCAGGAAAGAUUCUAGCUUCAACCUCGUGUUUCUAUUCUUUCAGCGUUAGACGUGGUUACUGUUCAAGUUUUAAGACAUUUGUUCUUAAUUUACAGAGAAGAGUUAACCCCCCUGACACCCCCACCAGCAACUUAGCUAUGGAAAACAUAUAUGGAUGGCAUAUAUUUGAUUUUCCCCCUCUCUCCUUUCAGUGUAUGUAUUAUUAAUAUUAUUAUUAAUAUUAUUUUUAGUUCAUCAGUUUCCUGGUCUCUGCAGUCAGCAGAAACAAAUGGGCAAUAUUUGUCCUAGGAGACCUGUGCUGCCUCUGGGUCCCUGUAAACCUUUGCCUGUGGCUGCCGCUGGCACCCUUGGGUGGUAGCUCUUCUACUGUACUCAGACAAGCCUUUCUUUCAUGACUGCAGAAUCCAGCAGGGGCCAUGAGCGGUCGUCCCAAACACGGCCAAGGAGAGCAGCCUAGAGAAGGGAGAGUGUGGAUGCAUGCGUCCGGGGAGCAGGCGUGGAGAAGCCAGGGUGUGCCCGGAGCACUGCAGAGAUAGCUUUUGAGAAAGCAAGGCGGUGAGGAGCGCCUUACUCACCAGCGAGGUAUCCCCAGGCUUCCUGCUAAGCUCGGUCCAAGCCUUACCCAGCUGUGCUACUGUCAUUUGCAAAGCGAGGAAAUACUACUACUGGUAACAAAACUACAUGCAAGAUGUCAAAUGAGAAACAGGUGUAUAUUUACCUUCCUGCGAUUCGAGGUUGGUGCCUCAACAUAAAUGUGCUGUUCCUAAGUUUCUUAAAUAGUUCAAACCCCUGGGUGCAAAAAAGGCAGGAUUAUUCUUCCCAUGAGCAUCCUGUACAGGCAAUAGCCUCCCUCACUGUGGCCUGCAGCGAGGGGAAUACAUCCUACUGUAGCUGAGCUCGGGCAGCGUCCUGCAGUCAGGACCUCGAUGCUCGAGCCAGCCUGCUGCCGGGGACCCCUGUGUUUGCUCCACUCGGAGCCCCCUGCCUCCUCUGGGGAGGCAUCCCUCUGCCCCAGCGUCCCUCCUCGGCUCUCUAUGGCCCCAUGGGCUCAUUUACUUUUAGACUUGUGUGCACAAAGACAACGCGUGCCCCUUUUUCUCCACCCAUUUCUGGUGGCUGAAAUCCAACCUGCCAGACUUCAAAGGAAGAUAGAUAAUCUUGAGGUAAUGAAAAGUGAUAUCUUUGCGUAUGAAAGGAAAAAGGUGAGGUAUAUAUGAUUUUUAACUGUAUUAGGGAUGUAUGAACCAGUUUUAAAGUGAGGUUUUAUUUACUGUAGAGAUGAAUGCAAAUCAGAACCAAUGAUCCCUUUGGUCUACUUAGUUAAAACCAGUUCAUACAUCCCUUAGUGGGGUUUUUUUUAAUUAUGAUUGUUAUUGUUAUUUUUGUUGUUAUUAUUAUUUGGGGUUUCUUUGUGUUUUGUUUUUCUUUGCAACUCUCCACACUAAACUCGCAAUAUUGUGGGGAGGAGCCGUGACUAAACGCUACGCUGCGGUGAGAAGUAGCAGUAAUCAGCUCCCAGCGAUGUGUGUAGCCGGGGCUGCAGCUCGCAAUAUCACUAUUGAUUUAAAGCUUUAUUUAGCCUUCAUCUGUACCCUCGUAGUCAAUAAGGUCUUGCCACAUUUUACUAGUGAGGUUGAGAAAUGUAUUAUUUGUUUGUUGUUCUGCCCCUUCCCCAAUAUUAAACUGUGAAAUUUGUGAUUUGUUUAAAACUCUGGGUGAAUCAUAGCUUAGUUUGCAUGUCCAGCUAAUUUGUUUCUAUACAUUUUGUUUGAUUCUCUUUCUCCUCUCAGGGCUUUUACAAAAAAUAUAUAUAUGGAUCUUUUGAAAAGUUUUUGAGGUGCAAGUUUUUUCUCUUUUUUUUCCCUUUUCGUUGAUUAAUGGACACAAUGCUGAGAUUCAAUCACUACAUGAAACACCUGGCUGUGAAAACAAAACAAAACAAAAAAGACCCCAGAGGGCUGUUUUCUGAGCAGCUCUGGGGAAGCUACGUUAACAGUCGGAUGCCAGUUUCAGAAAGAUUCAUCCUAUGUUCUGACUCUCUGUUCGUCUCUUUCCUCUCCCUCUUUCUCCAAGAAGGAAGUUGAUCCUAGUGAUUUCAGCCCAUGCAUUAAACAGGAAACAAUAAUAAAUGUCUAGAAUUCAUCUUUUUCUAAAGGGAACUUAAAAACUGCUGCUACAUGUUAAUGUACAAAACUGGUUUAUGCCACAUGAACAGAGAAUCACAAGUUUGGUUUUGGUACUUUUUGUUCCUCUUUGUAUUCAGUUGUAUAGAACUUCCAAAUUCAGAAUAAAAAGAAAGCUGUUGUGUAUCAAACCAUCUAAGCAAUAAAUGUUAUAUUUUAAAAGCGGCA